GACUCCGGCCAGUUCCAAGUUAUUCUCUGACAGUUCGCAACCAGAAGUUGUUGGUGCUGGAGUGAAGAUCAAUGUGUUGUGCUUUAUGCUGACACUUUUACCAACACUAUGGCCUCAAUAAAAUCGAUUCUUGUCAUAUCUUUCGCGCUAAUUUUUUUGGAAAGUGGAACUGAAGCGUCAGCAGAGACACUGCCGAAGAAGAUUUUUGGUCCAAAAUUUGGCAACUUUGGGAACCAUCCUCCUCCUCGUCACGACACUCCCGCCUCGUCUUGUUCCUGCUCUUGCGGUGAAAGAAACGAAAACAGCCGUAUCGUAGGCGGCAAACCGACCAACGAAAAUGAAUUUCCUUGGAUGGCUCGUCUUUCGUAUUUCAACAGGUUCUACUGCGGAGGAAUGCUGAUCAAUGACCGCUACGUCUUAACAGCCGCUCACUGCGUCAAAGGGUUCAUGUGGUUCAUGAUCAAGGUCACUUUCGGAGAGCACGAUCGCUGUGUUGAGAGCAAGAAGCCGGAGUCGAGAUUCGUCCUCAGGGCCAUUGCGGGGGCUUUCAGUUUUCUUAAUUUUGAUAACGACAUUGCACUUUUAAGACUCAACGACAGAGUACCUAUCACGCAAACAAUUAAACCCAUUUGUAUGCCCAAAGCUAAAGAUAAUUUAUACGUUGGGGCAAAAGCUGUAGCUACCGGUUGGGGAACACUGCAAGAAGAUGGAAAACCAUCCUGUGUGUUACAAGAAGUUGAAGUACCCGUUCUCAGUAAUGAGGACUGCAGGAAAACCAAUUACUCGGCACAAAUGAUUUCCGAUAACAUGUUGUGUGCAGGAUAUCCUGCGACAGGGAAAAAAGAUUCUUGUCAGGGUGAUAGUGGUGGUCCGUUGGUUACGCAAAGAACAGAUAAAAAAUACGAACUCAUCGGAAUUGUUUCCUGGGGGAAUGGCUGUGCUAGACCCGGCUAUCCAGGGGUCUACACCCGUGUUACAAGAUAUUUAGACUGGAUUUUGGAAAAUUCAAAAGAUGGGUGUUUCUUGUGUGUCUUAAAUAUUUCGGACACAAUUGGGUUAAGUAACCCAUAUUUCCCUUUUUGCAAACCGAUGACACAACCCCCCAAACCCUUAUCGAAAUUUCUCAACUCUUACCAAACUUUUACACAACCAGGCGAAAACCAUCCGCUCUUCAUUAGACUCAUCAACGCGAAAGGAAAAAGUCCACUGACCUCAGACACAACUAGUUCGACGGUAGUCAUGUUACCGACAAAACUUCUAAUCUUACUGAUUCUUCCACUGUUCAACUCUGGCGUGAAAGUCGAAAAGGGUCUCUUCGACUUCCUCUUCAGCCCUUGUAAAUGCAGGUGUGGGGUGCCUAACAGGGAGGCACGUUUCACGGGUGGUGAGUAUUUAAAAGGACAUGAAUUUCCGUGGUUGAGUGCAAUACAAGUUUUGGGUGAAGGAGAUGACGCAGGUUCCACUAUUCCAGGGACACUUAUCAACAACAAAUAUGUGCUAACCGGAGCAUCACAACUGGACGGUAUCACUCCUUACCAAAUUAAGGUGACUUUAGGCCAGUUUGAUAAAUGCAACAGCGACAUUUCCUCAACUAAUGUCAGUGUGGACAAAAUAAUCCUACAUCCGGAUUUCAGCAGCGAAAAUAAAGCCAACGAUAUUGCUUUAAUCAAACUAAGCACUCCGGUGUUAAUCGAACGAAGAGUUUCCCCGAUUUGUUUAUCCGUUCCUGGUCAUAGCUACUUGGGUCAAGUCGCAACAAUCGCGGGAUGGCCCAAAAGUACAGCAGAUGAUGCAGAAGAAGGCCAGACGACUUGUCGGCCCAAAAAAAUCGGUUUGCCGGUUUUAAACAGUCAAGAGUGUAUUGAAACGGCUGCUGAUACUGAUUCUUAUACUAGCGAUAAAGGUUGUGUUGGGGUCGUUGGGGCCCCUAGUGUUAUCUGUGAUGAUGAUGGGGGAAAUGCCGUUAUGUAUCGCUCGCAUCGAGGAGUUUAUGAAUUGAUUGGGAUUAUGACUGAUCAAAAUGCCUGCGAGGAUGAUAGCACAAAUACGGCCCUGUAUACUAAAGUUAAUGACCAUUUAGCCUGGAUUGUGCAAAAUACCAGAGAUGCUUGUUACUGUAUUAAAAUCAUGGGAGCGCUCAAACAAACCGAAGAAGAAAAAACUCUACUACCACAAGACAUUGGAACGGAUUACACAUUCAAGCGAAAAAUCGUCUGGUUUAACGCUAUUGGAUUUUUUAUUCUUCAUCUUUUGGCCCUUUAUGGCGGCUAUCGGCUGCUACAUUGCCACAUCCUAACGCCGAUUUUCGCCCUAGCAUUGAUGUUCGUCUCUGGCGAAGGGAUAACCCUCGGUGCCCACCGCUUGUACUCCCACAAAGCCUUCAAAGCGUCUUUCAUGGUCCGAUUAGCUGUGAUAAUUUUGCACACCAUCGCCGGUCAGAAUUGUCUCUACAUCUGGGUCCGGGACCACCGCCAGCACCACAAGUACAGCGACACCGACGCCGACCCCCACAACUCCAACCGGGGCUUCUUCUUCUCCCACAUCGGCUGGUUGAUGAGCAAAAAGCACCCCGCUGUCAUCUCCAAGGGCAAAACCAUCGACAUGAGUGACCUGGAGAACGACUCGCUAGUCAUGCUCCAAAAAGAUCAUUACAAAUUCUUGUACAUCAUCUUUGCUAUCGGGAUACCAAUCGCAAUCCCGAUUUAUGGCUGGAAGGAGUCUUUCGUCAACUCGCUUUUUAUUAGUUAUUUCGCAAGAUAUAUCCUUCAGUUGCACGCGACUUGGCUGAUCAACAGUGCUACCCAUUUAUACGGGACCAAGCCCUACGAUAAGUUUAUGAAUCCGGUGGAGAAUUAUUUUAUUUCAAUGAUAGCUCUUGGGGAAGGCUGGCAUAAUUAUCACCAUGCCUUUCCUUCGGAUUAUAGAGCCGCCGAAUAUGGUGUUAGGUAUUCAAUAACCACUUUUAUUAUUGAUGUUCUUGCCUAUUUCGGACUGGUUUAUGAUUUGAGAGAAGCCAACUCAGAACAAGUUAAAAUCAGAGCUGUAAAAAAAGGAGAUGGAACUCAUCCCGUUUUUGGAAAGAAGAAGGAAAUGGAAGUUAAUAUUAUUGUGCCCAACAUGAUUAUCACUGCCUGUCUAUUGCUUCUUGUAAAAAUAUUAUCAGUGUUUUCAAAAUUAAAUGGCGAGGGCAAAGUUUGUGGCCGAGCUAUUGGUACAAAUUUACCAGAAGAAAAAAUAGUUGCUGGGUACGAUGUGGGUUACUACAAAUACCCCUGGUACGCUGCUUUGAUUGUUUCAAAUGUGGUUGCUUGUGGGGGCACUUUGGUGGGUUCAAAAAUGAUAAUUUCAGCCGCGCAUUGUUACAAAGAGUAUAUAACAGGUCACGAUGCUAAAAAAACUAAACUGGAGGACGUCUACAAUGUCACUCUCGGGAUUUACAACCGGUGCGAAAAAGAAAAGACCCAAAAAAUAUUCCCUGUUGAAAAAGUCCACAUUCAUGAAAAAUACAAAGAGAAUAUCCCCUACUAUGACAUUUCUCUACUAAUUUUGAAAGAAAUUGCGAAUUAUGAACCAAUUUGUCUUCCGAAAAGUGUGGUCAAAACUCGCCCUCGAGAAGGUUCAGUUCCAGGUCUUGGCACUUUGCGUUAUCACGGAUCCACUCCUUGCACCCUCCACGAAGCCCGACUGCUACUCUACUCUGAUUAUGAAUGCAAAAAAAUGAUAAAUCGGACUGGAAACGACCCAAACAAGUUAAUCAGUGCUUUCUGUGCUGGUUAUAUGCAAGGAGGGAUUGACACGUGUCAAGGGGAUAGUGGAGGGCCAUUUCAAAUUAUGGAUGAGUUUGGAAAUUACAUUUUAUUAGGAGUGGUUUCUUUUGGUUUUCAUUGCGCUAACCCGAAUUUAUUGGGAGUUUAUACCGACGUUUCUCAUUACGUAAAUUGGAUUGAAGGGAAAACAGGAAUUAAAGCAACAAUGGAAGGCUCAAAUUCGACUAGUGACGAAAGUACCGAAUCGGUGAAACCGCCACCAAAACCUAACCCAGCCCAUGUGGUACAUGAAACUUACCCAAAACCGAAUAAUGUUAUCAUAAUCAUCAGAAAUCGGAAUAAAAGUGACGACAAAAUUGAAGAUAAAAGACAAGUAGUUCAUUUGAUAAAAAAGAAGAAC